AUGAAUUUUAUACUAAGAAAUGACAAGAAAAUAUAUUUAAAAUUCACAAAAAAAGGAAAUAAGGGUGCAGAUGUCAAGAUGAUGUCAGCACUCGACGAACGCAAAUCGAGCAGAAAUAGAGUUUCGUUUGGUGAUUAGAAAUGAUUUAAUUAAUCAAAUUAAGAUUUGUAAAAGCCAAAAGAAUUGCAAUUGAAUAAAGUAUAUUUUAGUAAAUUAAAAUCAUACAAAGUAUCACUAAAUGAAGCAUAAAGUAAGUUAAAAGUAGAAAAAUAGAGUUCCGCUGUCGCGACAGUUAUGCGUCGGUGAUGCAUCGAAAUCCUAAGCAUUUAGGAGGAUCGUUGUGUAGUGUCCAUGGCCUUGAAGGCUCUCCUUGGACAAAGACAACGUGGGCAAUCUCUAGAUCUUUUUGCGAAGUCUAGAGAUUAAUGAAAUGGGUUGUCGAAUCAUCUCUGGUGGCUGUCACCCGGCGGAGUAGAAAAACGGUAACUUUACGGCUCUCUAGUGGCUGUCACCUGACAAAGAGGAGCUGAAUGGAGGUGGGGCGCAUGUCAGGGAGCUUCAUCCUUAAAUCUGCACAACAAGAGGAGGCUCUUCAUCGCAUCUGGUACACUCUCAAGAGGUGGCAACUCGUCUCCUGACAGAUCAUCCUCUUCUCGACGACGGCUUGUUCGUCGAUCAAUCGGAGAUGAUUUACUCGAUGGAUUCGCGAUCCUUUUAUCACAAAUCGUUCAACAAUUUUAGUAGUAAUGCUCUGCGAAUCGCAUUGAUGAGAUUUUUGCCAAUAAUCUAGCGAUUCUCGUUGCUUAAUCCUUCAUUAGGGAUCUAUAGGAAAGUCGUGAUAAUUAGAUAAAAAUAUAUAACUUUUGACUCUAGGAAGAUUCGAACCUACACUAGUUGCCCACCCUUUUUGGGGAAGGUGACUGAUGUGGGUUUAGUCCCACAUUGGUUGUGCGCUGAUUUUUCGGGCAAAUAUAUACUAAUGUUACAUUUCUAAGCAAGUCUCUUCUCUCGUGUGUAAGACCACUUCUUGCCCUGCAGCCGGCUGGCCACUAGUGACGUGGAAGGGGAGUGUUGCACACGUGCCCCCAUCAGUUCAAGCCGCUCAAGCCUUUGCUCGCAGCUACUCCCUGACUGCACUUCCGACCCGCUUGUGGGCCCAGCUGGCUGGUGGGUCCCCCCAUUUUAUAAUAUUUUUAUUUGUAUUUCUUGUUCUUCAUUUAUCUCAAAAGUAAGACUAUAAACAUCAUAUAAAAUCACAUAAUUACCUAAAAAUUCAUGUUAAUCAACUGAAAAUCACUUUUCACACUUUAACACAAAUAUAAGUCUAUUUAUCAUGAGUUAAGGCUAAAACUAUAUUAUUUAUUAAUUAUUAACUCAUGAUAAUGAAAACUUAUCACACCCCCCAACUUAAAUCAUUACUAGUCCCUUAGGAAUAGAAUUACGAAAAUAAAAUUUUACAAAUCUCAAAAAUCAUAUUUCAAUACAGAAAAAAAAAUACAAUUAGAAAUGAUGCACCUUUAGACACUUUAGAUUCUUAUAUCAAGUAUUUAAGAAUGAUGUCAAGCACUUAAAUGUUUAAACACUCCUUGGAAUAACAAUUUAGACUUCACUUUUUCUAUUCACAUCUUUAUCACUUCUUCACUCAUAGAUGUAUUUAUAAGAUGUUCCAAUUAUCAAUACUCAUCUAAGAAUAAUAUUGAUCCUACAUUUCCCUUUUUCUAUGACUUGAUUUUUGAAGUUUGCACUAUAUUUCUUUCUUCUUUUAUAUAUAUAUAUAUAUAUAGUGGAUAAGUAGCUUUUCAUGUAGACAAAUUUUGACAAUAAGAAUAAUGUCUCACACCCUCCAUGUGUUCUCUUCAUUUUCAAGGCUUUCACUUUAUCCACUUAUUUUGCAGCAAGUGUUUUUCUAUACACGAUUUUUGACAAUGAGAAUGAUGUCUCACACUCUCUAUGUGUACUCUUUGUUUCUAAAUUUUUCACAUUACUCUCUCUUUUUUUUUUUUGAAAUAAGUAAUUUCUCCUCACAAGUCCUAUAGAUCAAGGUGCAAAAAUCUCCAUUAAACUCAAAUGAUCAAUCAAAUUUUCAUAUCAAGUAAAUACUAUCCAUCAAGAUCAUGAAGUGAAAAUCUGUAAAAUUAAAUCCAUAUUAUCUAUCAUGUAUCCAAGGAGUAUUUCAAUAUUUCAUGCUAUUAGAUCAUUCUUUUGACUCAAUAAAAAUCUUCCUAGUAUCUUUUGGUAUCAAUCAAUCUAAUUGAUUUAAUUUUUCAUACAUACAAUAUGAUGUAAGAAAUCUAUAAAUUAGAUAGUUCUAAUAGUUCUAUUUUCUAUUUUCAGUUCUAUUUUUACCACAAUAAAUUUGUCAAAAAUAAAUCAAAACUAUCCUCUUUAUAGCUGUAAUUUCGAAUUUUAGUAAUAUAUGUCUAGGGGAUUGAAAUGUGAGAAAAGGAUCUCUAGAAUUAAUUUUGGGCUGUUUUUUUAUCUAUUGUUUUUGACAGUUUGUUGUUCCUAAUAGAAAACCAGAAAAUAGAUGUUGCAGUUUUUUCGAAUUUUAUUUUAUUUUUAUUUUUUUAGUUGUUGUUCUAAGUUGAAUAAAAUCCAAACACAUGUUCUUAAUCGUCCUACAACAUAAAUUAAUAAUGAAUACUUCACCCCCCAACUUAAAAAUGACAUUGUUCUCAAUGACAUAGAAAAAUCGAAAUAGAAUAUGCAGAUAAUAUAAUUUUCAACUGAAGCAUGCAUAUGUGCAAAGUUAAACAUUAAAAAUAUUUUCGUAAAUGGUAAAGCUUAGAAAGACAUCACCUCAACCUCAUUUUUAAUUUUCUACUUCAUCUUACACUCCUACACUUUUUCAAAAAAAACAAAUACAUAAACAAGUACUGUAAAAUUUUAUGAAAAAUAGAGAAAAAAUCAAACAGAAUGAAAUAAAAACUAUGGGUUGACUCCCAUGCAGCGCUGCAUUUAAUGUCUCUAGUUGGACAGUUCUUAGAUCAUAUAAGAUGAUCUAUGGCCAUCAAAAUAUAUUUGUAUCCCAAGGUAAGUUUCAUGAUAUUAUUAUUCAGAUUUAGCAUAAAUUUAUAUACUUCAUAUAUAUACCUUAACAUACUUUCAGCCAAAAAAAAAUGGAAAUUAACAAAAUUUUCCCAAAAAUAAUAUUUCCAUUUUGAAAAGAAUCUUUCCUUAUUUCUAUCUUGUUUUGUAAGGCUUUCAUUUAUUAAUAAAUACUUUCUAUUAAUAGACCAUAAAAUGGGAUCAGGUCAUAUAAUUUUCAAAUUAGCUCUUACUCAAUGUAGAAUUUUUUAUCUAAAUUGAUAUCUAUAAUUCUUCCACUCACCCAUUUCUUAAUGUGUUCUUUUAUCUGCAGUCUUCCCUUACUUCAUUUUAUCUUCCAUACAUAUUUGUUCAAUUUGCAAGGAGUGAAAUAUUUCAAGCUUAGAAAUAAUUCUAAUGGGCUGUUGUUUUGAAGGAUGAAAGGAUUGUCUUCUUUAAUCUCAAAUCUAAUGAAUUCAAUAAAAUUUAAAUUUUCUCCUCCAAAAUUAUCUCUAUAUUCAUAUCUAUUAUUUUUGUUUCUCCCCAUUAGUUGAAUCAACUCUUUUUCUAGCUUUUCAUUUUUUAACUCAUCAAAUUCUUCAUCUUCCCAAGAACUAUCUUUUAAUUUCAGUAUAUGAUAUACAUCAUCAUCCUCACUAUCAACAUCUAUGGCUGCAAAAUUAUGAUUAGAUUUAUUAGUUUCGUCUCCUACAUCUCCCAAAUCAACUGAUUUUUCCUCACCUGAAAUAUGUUUUUCUUCAUUUCUAUCCUUACUCUCUUCUACUAAAAUUUGGAUGAUUUUUCCAUGAUCAGCUGUUGUUUCUUCAUCUAAGGGCUCUUUCUCCUCAUCAUCUUCACUAUAUUCAUUCAUCAAUUGUGAGCAAUAAAUUAUUUUAUUCAAAUUUUCUGCUACUACAUUUUUGGCCUUAAUAUUUUCAUUUACUUCUAAUGGAUUAUCAAUUUCUUCUAAUAAUUAGAAAUAUAGAUUAGGUAAAAUAUUCUCACUCAAUAUAUUCAUUGUCCUAACAUUUUCAUUUCGUGGGUUUUUUUUUAAAUUUAUUCAGCUAGACUCUUCUUGCUGAAAUCUUAUUGUUGGAUAGUUUCUUGAAUUUUUUAUGAGUUGACUAGGUAGCUGUCCCUCUUCUCUCUUAUCCCCAAGAGCCUCUAUAAUUUGUUUCUGGUGCAGCCUCAUUUGAUUCAUAGUUUGUUACAUCAUUUGGCUCCUUUGCUAGAUCAUUUCCAUAGCAUCAGGUUAGAUUUGAGAGGGCUGAUUUUUCUAAAAUAUGUGUUCCUAUUUUGGACGAAAUUCAAAAUUUGAAUUGAAUCUAAGUACUUCUGGAUUUUGAAUAUUAUUUGGGUUUCUCUACGAAAAAUUAUUCCCCUAAUUAGGAUUAUAAGAAUUAGAAAAAUAUUUUUUAUUUUUACUAAAAUUGUGAGGUACCUGCACUUGUUCUUGUCUAUGAUAAUAUUGAAAUUCAAAAUAAUUAUUUUCACCAUACAUAGAACCUAUACUAUUUGAAUUAAAUUAAGGGUUAAGAGGCUUUCUAAUAUUGUCAAUAAGUAAAUAAAGUUUUUCUAAUCUUUGAUUAAUCUGAUUAACCUCAUUUCUUAAUUUAGAUUCAUUAUCAUGAUGCAAUUUAUAAAUUCCUCUCUUCUUAUCUUUGUCAUAUAAUUCAAAAGAGGCUUGAUCUCUAGAAUUUUCACUUAAAUUCUCAUAAAGACUAUAAAUCUCAUCAAGAGUUUUCUCUAUAAAAGUUCCUCUACAUAUAGAAUCAACCAUAUUUCUAUGUUGUUCUAAUAAUCCAUCAUAAAAAAUUAUAUUGAGCUGCCACUUAAGUAUAGCAUGAUGAGGACACUUUCUAAGUAAUGAAUGUUUCCCAUGUCUCAUGAGAGAAGGAGAGAGAGAGAUUGAAUGUUUCCCAUGUCUCAUGUAAAGUUUUUCUUGGUCUUUGAAAAAAAUUUCAUAUAUAUUUUCUCAUAUUUUGAGUUUUUCUUAGGGGAUAAAAUUUUUGAAGAAAGGCCUGUUCUAUAUCUUUCUAGUUAGUUAUUUCUCUAUCUAAUGUGGAUAGCCAAUGACUAGCUUUGUCCCUAAGUGUAUGAAGAAAUAAUUUCAUCUUAAUAAUUUCCAGUGUAACUUGAGAGAGAUUAACUAAAUCACAGACCAUAUGAAAUUUUUCUAAGCGCUAAUGAGGUUCCUCUAAAGGUAAUCCAUGAAAAUUACGGAACAUUUGAAAAAAAAUUGAAUUUAUUUCGAAUUUAACAAUGGGUGCUAAUAGGAUUCUAAUAUUAGAUGCUCUUUGAAAUAAAUCAAGGAUAUAAUGAUUUUUCAUGGUCAUAGGAUUGUUCUCAGUUUGACUUGUACUUCCUUUAGGAUCCAUCAAAAUUAAUUUUUCUUUUAGAUUUUUAUUUUUGAAUGAAAUAAUGAAAGGAUUUUCUAGCCUUAGAUGUAAAGAUCUUCUACCAUGCAUAAAAAUCAAUAAUUUGAGAAAAAAGUUUAGUAAUUAUUACCCUCCUUCAAGAUGCUCCAGUCCUUGCCUUGCUUCUUUUCAUUUCCUUUUUCUAAAAAAAUCAGCAAAAACAAAAUUAAACAAGAGUUAAAGUUUUUUGUGUACUCUAAGAGAAAAAUAGAAAAAUACUAAAUAUUAUGCAGUACAUCCCCAACAACGACACCAAAUUUGACAUGACUCAGUCGUUGUAUAUUAAAUCACGCAAAUCUAAAAUUUAUAAACCUAGAAAAUAUGAUUCUUUGGAUAUUUAGAAGUAUUUCUGAAAAAUAUAUUGAUUAUAAUUCAAUAAAACUUUCAAAAAUAGCAGUAAUUUUCCAGGUCAAUUAUAGGGAUGUAAUAUAAUAUUUGGUAAUUAUUCAUAAUUUUUCUCAAUAAAUAUGAUUUUCUAGGAAUUUAAUACUAGGAAAUGACAAGGAAAUAUAUUUAAAAUUCACAAAAAAAGGAAAUAAGGGUGUGCACAUCAGGAUGAUGUCAGCACUUGACGAAUGCAAAUCGGGCAGAAACAGAGUUCCGCCCUACGAUUCUUACGUAAAUGAUUACAGAUGAUUUAAUUAAUCAAAUUAAGAUCUAUAAAAGUCAGAAGAAUUGUAAUUAAAUGAAGUAUAUUUUGGUAAAUUAAAAUCACACAAAGUAUCACUAAAUGAAGCGUAAAGUAAGUUGAAAGCAAAAAAAUAGAGUUCUGGCAUCGCGACGGCGAUGCGUCGGUGAUGCACUGAAAUCUUGAGCGUUUGGGAGGAUCGUCGUGCAGUGUCUAUAGCCUCGAAGGCUCUCCUUGGACAAAGAUAACGUGGGCAAUCUCUAGAUCUCUUUGCGAAGUCUAGAGAUUAAUGAAAUGGGUUGUCGAAUCAUCUCUAGUGGCUGUCACCCGGCGGAGCAGAAAUACGGCGACUUUACGGCUCUCUGGUAGCUGUCACCCGAUAGAGAGGAGCUGAAUGGAGAUGGGGCGCAUGUUAGGGAGCUUCAUCCUCAGGUUCGUGCAGCAAGAGGAGGCUCUUCAUUGCAUCUGGUAUGCUCUUAGGAGGUGGCGACUCGUCUCCCGACGGAUUGUCCUCUUCUCGACGACAGCUUGUUCGUCGAUCAAUCGAAGAUGAUUUACUCAAUGGAUUUGUGAUCCUUUUAUCACAAAUCGUUCCACAGUUUUAGUAGCAAUGCUCUACGAAUUAUAUUGACGAGAUUUUCGCCGAUGAUCUAGUGAUUCUCGUUGCUUAAUCCUUCACCGGUGAUCUGUAGGAAAGUCGUGAUAAUCAAAUAAAAAUAUAUAACUUUUGACUCUAAGAGGAUUCAAACCCGUGUUGGUUGCCCGCCCUUUCUAGGGAAGGUGAUUGAUGCAGGUUUAAUCCCACAUCGGUUGUGCGAUGAUAUUUCGGGUGAAUAUAUAAUAAUGUUAGAUUUCUAAGUAAAGUUCUUUUCUCGCACGUGUAUGACCACUCUUUGCCCCACAGUCGGUUGGCCACCGGUGACGUGGAAGGGGAGUGGUGCACACAUGCCCCCAUCGAUUUAGGCCACUUGAGCCCUUACUCGCGGCUACUCCCCAACUGUGCUUCCGACCUGCUUGCGGGCUCAACUGGCCGAUGGGUCCCCUUAAUUUGUAAUAUUUUUAUUUUUAUUUCCUGUUCUUUAUUUAUCUUAAAAGUAAGAUUGUAAACAUCGUAUAAAAUCACAUAAUUACCUAAAAAUUCACAUUAAUCAACUGAAAAUUACUUUUCACACUUUAACACAAAUAUAAGUCUAUUUAUCAUGAUUUAAGGCUAAAACUAUAUUCUUUACUAAUUAUUAACUCAUGAUAAUGAAGACUUAUCAAGAGGUCUCACGAGAGAGGGAGAGAGAGAAAUAAGACAAAAAUGAAGAAAGAGAGAAAUACAGUCAGGCCAUCUUCUCAAAUGAAGGUGUGCUUGAGGAUUCACACACAUGACAUGAGAUUAGUCGUGAAUGUCUCCAGCUUAUUUUAAUCGUUGAAUGCUCAUUAAUUAGUCUUUAAUCUCAGUGAUUUGACAUUCAAAAAUAGAAAAAUACUCAUUAUUUGCAGAACACCGAGAACAUGAAUAUGUCAAGAUUUGACUACAAAAAUCAAUAGAAAAUAAGUUGAAAACUAUUUUAACUUGAUCUCAGACAAGUUUCAGAGGAUUUAAAAGAAGAAUGAAGAUCAUUCAUCAAGUUUUGAAUUAGUUCUACUCAUUUCAAUUGAAACGUGCAUGAAAUGGAAAGAACUUGCUAUAAAAUCUAAAUAAAUGAACAAAGCAUGUAAGUAAAUGCUUAAAAUAGGAAAUAAAUCGUUGCCCAAGUUUAGUCUACCUCUUGGGCAACUAGAGGCACCGGUGUGGUGGCUUGGUUCUGUCCGAAUGUGCCACACCAUGUCAAAAGUCAUAGAAGUAUCGUCUAGAAGUGCUGCGCUGCUUGUCGGAGAGAUCCACUGAAAGAGGAGUCAACCACACUAUCACCAUCGUUUGGGGGGAGAAAGGAAGAGCUGACCACUCAUCAAAGGCCUUGAGUGCAGUCUGAGAAGGAAGGAAGAAGCUUGUUGAUCACUAGAGACAUCAAUUGUGCAAAAGAAGGAAAGAACGAAUUGCCGUAUUCGCAACUACCAUUGGGAUUUUAAAGAUAAUUGAUAAUAUCUAUUUUACCAGAUAAUAAUUGAUUAUUGUCUUUAUAUCCCUAAUAGUGUUACAUGUGAAGACUUAAGUUUUCAGUAUCGUGAUGCUUGGGGAGCUGCUAGAUUAGAUGAGCUUGGUACGUGGCACACUAAGUGGUGCAUGAUCAACUCACCGUGAACCAUUACCGAUCGAGAACUUAAGUUCUUGGUACUGUGGCACCUCCAUAGCUGUUGGAUCAUCCUUUAAAGUCACACACCACAUCUGAUAUCAUGGUAGUUCACUAGUCACAAGAACAAGAUAAUCUGAUGACAUGACUCUCUAUGUAUUACUAAAUCACACUGCACUCUAGAUGGCUGUGCUGAAAUAGACAAAAACAUUUAGUCCCACAUCAAAAAUAUAUCGAAUGCAUGUGUCGAAUAUAAACUAAAGCUUCUCUCUCUCAAUAGAGAUCCCUUCUCCCGAAAUAAAAGAAUGCCUAGGACCAUCUUGGGAGAAGGCAAUAAGCUGGUUUUUCCCUCAUGCACACAAGUGUACAAGUGUUCCUUGCCUCACGACUUGUUGGCCACUAGGAUGUGGAAGGAGAGUGACACACAUGUGCGUAGAGCAAGGCCUUUGCCACUUGAGCCUAGCUCGUGGCUCCCCCAAUUUGGGUUUACCCGCUCAACUACUAUCCACCCUUUGGAUCAACUUUCAAGUGCCAGCUUGCUACCAAGUGGAAGAUUUUUUUUAUAUUUUAUUCUUUUGACUUUAAUAGUAAAAAAUGAUGCUAUAGAUUUCAACUUUAAACUUUUAAAAUUAAAAAUAUAUCCUAUAUUUACUCUGCAAGUUAACAAAAUAAAAUCAAAUAAUAAAACUACUUAAAACACAUAAAUCUAGCUUUAACACAUCCAUUAUAAAAGAAAUACAACUUAGUUGACCUUUGUGCUUAAAUAGUUUACUAAAUAAAUAUUUUUUUCUGAACGUAAGUGAAACAUAUAUAUCUCCUAUUUAUAUAUUUUUUCUUAGUCCUAUGGAAAAUCUAUUAAACUAAUAGAAAUUAUAUCUAUUGCAAUUAGUUCAAGAAAAAGUGUGUUUGAAGAAGGGGGUUGAUAAGUCUUCAUUAUCAUGAAUAAUAAUUAAUUAAUAAUAUAAUUUUAGCCUUAACUCAUGAUAAAUAGACUUAUAUUUGUGUUAAAUUAUGAAAAGUGAUUUUUAAUUGGUUAAUGUGAAUUUUUAGCUAAUUAUGUGAAUUUAUAUAAUUUUUAUAAUCUUAUUUUUGAGAUAAAUAAAGAAAAAUAAAAUAAAAUAAAAAGAUAGAAAAAAGGGGGAAACACAGUAGAGUAGAGCCAUGAGCUAGGGCUCAAGUGGCUAAGGAUGAACUAGUAGGGGACAAAGAGUGGUCGUAGACAUGUGAGAAAGGGAUACAUUGAUUAUCAAAUCUCGUAUUACUAUAUAUCUAUCUCAAAACUCAGCAUAUAAUCGAUGUAGGACAAACAAUACUCACAGCCUCUCUGAUGGUUUUAAUAAUUUUAAUACCUCUAAACUAUCCUAUAUUUAUUAAAAGGAGAUACUCAUAUGAUGCCUGACGUGACUCAGUCGUUGUAUGUUAAAUCACGCAAAUUUAAAAUUUAUAAAACUAGAAAAUACGAAUUUUCGGAUAUUUAGAAGUAUUUCAAAAUAAAUAUAUCAAUUAUAAUUCAAUAAAAAUCUCAAAAAUAGUGGUAAUUUUCCAGGUCGAUCACAGGGAUGUAAUAUAAUAUCUGGUAAUUAUUCAGAAUUUUUCUCAAUGAGUACGAUUUUCUUACGAAUUUUAUACUAGGAAAUAAAAAGGAAAUAUAUUUAAAAUUCACAAAAAAAAGGAAAUAAGGGUGCGGACGUCAAGAUGACGUCAGCGCCCGGCGAACGCGAAUCAGGCGGAAACAGAGUUCCGCCCGGCGAUUCUUACGUAGGCGAUUACAGACGACUCAAUUAAUCAAAUUAAGAUCUGUAAAAGCCGGAAGAAUCGUAAUUGAACGAAGUAUAGUUUGGUAAAUUAAAAUCAACAAAGUAUCACUAAAUGAAGCGUAAAUUAAAUUGAAAGCAGGAAAACAGAGUUCCGGCGUCGCGACGGCGAUGCGUCGGCGAUGCACCGGAAUCCUGAGCGUUCGGGAGGAUCGUCGUGCAGUGUCCACGGCCUCGAAGGCUCUCCUUGGACAAAGACGACGUGGGCAAUCUCUAGAUAAAGCAGGAAAACAGAGUUCCGGCGUCGCGACGGCGACGCGUCGGCGAUGCACCGGAAUCCUGAGCGUUCGGGAGGGUCGUCGUGCAGUGUCCACGGCCUCGAAGGCUCUCCUUGGACAAAGACGACGUGGGCAAUCUCUAGAUCUUCUCGCGAAGUCUAGAGACCAAUGAAGUGGGUCGUCGAAUCGUCUCCGGCGGCUGUCACCCGGCGGAGCGGAAAAACGGCGACUUUGCGGCUCUCCGGCGGCUGUCACCCGACGGAGAGGGGCUGGAUGGAGGUGAGGCGCGUGUUAGGGAGCUUCAUCCUCAGGUCCGCGCAGCAAGAGGAGGCUCUUCAUCGCAUCUGGUACGCUCUCAGGAGGUGGCGACUGGUCUCCCGGCGGAUCGUCCUCUUCCCGACGACGGCUUGUUCGUCGAUCAAUCGGAGAUGA